AAAAAACACUUCAAACCAUCUAACCAUCAGCCGCCAUAGCCGCAGCUUCGACAAAUAAUGCUCUGUAGUAUUGUAUUGUGGCUUCUGGAGGUUUCAAUGAUAAACAAACACAAAGCUAAAUAUAGUCAGUGGAUCAGUUGCACUUGCAUCCAUAAUAGUCUCAAUCUGGUGGAAAAGGGAACUGGAAAUGGCUAUCAAUCAGGAUUCAGGCUAUGCAAAUGCAAUUCCCUGCCUGGCGAAGGAGAGAUGCAGACUUGCAGUGGAUUUUCGCAUAUGGACUGGACUGCGUUUAUUCAUUGGACUCACUGUUCUUCUCCAAUACUUCGUACGGUGAGGAGGAAGAUGAUCGAACAACAAUCAACAACGGAAGCAAGGAAGGAGUGGAGGAGUUGGAAAUCUAGGCGGUCCAGAGAAAAGGAGAUAUGUCAAUUCAAUAUACUAAUUCUCUCUCAACUUCUUGCUAUAUCUAAUCUAAAUCUAAUCUCCAUGAUGCAAUCCCUUUCUCUUUCUCUCUCUAACUUCUAUCCUUCUUUCUCUCUCCUAUUUAGAUAAGCAUCUAUCAAUUUCACGUCUCCAUGUAGCCAGCCAAUCACAGUUCGCCUUUCCUUUUCCCUACUCUGCUUGUUUGAGAUUUCUUGAAUUCUCCGCCAAGCUUGUGUAGGGAAUGGGAUUUAAAGUCCAGAACGAUUGAAGAAAGUGGAAGAAGCCCUAACCAGAAAUCCGGAGAGGAGCUGACUGAAUUCGGGAGAAUCAUGAAACAAGAUUCACCGGAGAUGGAUUCCAACGACGGCAGAGCCUUGCCGGAAAACAACAAGAAACGUUCAGUCAAGACACGUGCUCAGAUCGACGCUCUGGAAAAUUUUUACAAUGAGCACAAAUACCCAACUGAGGCAAUGAAAGCGCAGCUUGCAGAGUCGAUAGGCUUGACACAGAAGCAAGUGUCUGGGUGGUUCUGCCACAGGAGAUCAAAGGACAAGUGGUCUGCUGCCCCUGGGAAGCAGCCUGGAUCACAGGAUAUUGGAGUUGGGCAUAAACAAGAUUCUUGUGGCAGCACAAAGCAGGGUGGAGGUGAUCCAAAAGAAUUUUCUGCUACAGAGCUGACCUACGAGCAGGGGAAUCGCUAUCCUCAAAAUGACAAUUAUACGACCGAUCCCUCUUCUGAUAGCAGUUUUUCGCUGCGAAAUGUGUCAAGCCAUCAAAAUGGUGAGCUGUUGGAUGGGGGGGUAUCAAGUUACGUGGUAACAAAAAAUUCGCCUGUGGGCAUGAGAAGGCCGGGUCCAUCAGGUUAUUUAAAAGUGAAGAGUCGGGUCGAGGAUCCAUCCAUUUCAGCAGUCAAGAGACAGCUGGGAGAGCAUUAUCGGAGUGAUGGUCCUCAACUUGGUGUUCAAUUUGACCCUCUUCCUCCAAGAGCAUUUGAGACUGCAAUGGAUGGUGCAGUCAAAGGAGAAGCUGUCGUGCCUACCUCGAAGGAUGUUACAGAUACUUUCCAUAGUCCCAUAAUCAGCAAUGCAAAUAGGUACAAUUCCAGCUCGGCUUCCUAUAAUUAUAAUACGAGGCACGGAUAUGAUACUCAUGAUGGUUACGCUAACCAUAUGAUUAGACCAAGCACUUAUUUGCCCAACAAUGAACUCUAUAAUCAUCCUAGGAGAAACUCUUCAGUAGAAUGGCCUGAAAAUCCUGACAGAGACAAAUACAAGAUGAAGCCCAGGCCAGGUGUCGAAGCUGCAAGAAUCAACUCAUUUCCAAGCCAUCCUCACCAACAACCUCACAACAAGAAGAUAAAGAAUGGAAAUCUUAAGCCCCGCAAUAAAAGAAAGGAACUUUGCAGUUCUGAGGACGGUGGACUGCCAAGGCAAACUAUCAAGGAUGCAGAAACUUACUCAGAUGGGUGGAUUUUGGAUGAAAGCAGAGUUAAGAAUCCUUUUGCCAACAAUUUCUCUGUGGUACAGAAACCUGCAUUCUUUGGGUCAUUGCCGAUGGCACAGAUGCCAUCUAGUUUCAGUGAAGAUGAAGAAAGCGCGGAAACAAGUUCUUCAGUGGACUAAGAAUACUGCCAGUGUCAGUUCGGAACAUCCUGGUUUCUGCUUGAGAUUUUCUUGAAUCCAGGGAAGCAGGAAAUUUGUAGGUUUCUCUCUCUCCCUCUCUCUCUCUCUCUAGCAUUGUAAUGUUAGGAAGGAUGGUGUAUAAUUAGUUGUGAAGAAGCAGAUGCUGGUGUGGACAAUCAUCAAGUUAGUUAGUUCAUCCUUCUUGUACAGGAUCAAUCACCUUUUGACUCUUGAAUUUGGAAAUCAAUUUUGGGUAUUUGUUUCCCGGA